AUGGAAAUUAAUGUCCGGGAAUCCAACGUUUCUCGUAAAACUAACGAAACGGAUAUAACCAUACAAUUACUACUCGACAGCACUGAGAAUCAAUCAAUAUCAGUUCACACUGGCAUAGGCUUCUUGGAUCAUAUGUACCAUGCUUUAGCAAAGCAUUCUGGAUGGACUCUGCAUCUUCAAUGCAAGGGAGAUUUACAUAUCGAUGACCAUCACACCGCAGAGGAUACGGCAAUCACGCUUGGUAUGGCCUUUAAACAAGCUUUGGGUAUACUACGUGGAAUAAAGAGAUUUGGAUAUGCCUAUGCACCAUUAGACGAGGCCCUCUCGCGCGCGGUAGUCGACAUCUCUGGAAGACCAUUUGCAAAUGUUAAUCUCAAUUUAAAGAGGGAAAAGAUAGGUGAUCUAUCAACAGAGAUGCUUCCCCACGUUUUAUCAUCAUUUGCAACGUCUGCUGGAAUUACGCUACAUGUCGAUGUACUCAAAGGGGAGAAUGAUCAUCAUAGAGCAGAAUCGGCUUUCAAAGCUCUCGCUUUAGCCAUAAAACAGGCCAUACAGAAAACUGGAACAAUCGAUGUUCCUAGCACAAAAGGCAUCUUGUAA